UCUCAUAAUUCCCCAGAGACAAAGGUUUUCCAAGCAACUUCUCCAUGGAUAUCCAUCCAUCAUCCAUCCAACACAACCAUGACCAUGAAGAUUGUCAAGAAACUUUUUGCAGCACCCUCUUUCAAGAAGAAGAAGUGCACACCCAAUGAGAAGGUGGUAGCAAACUACAUGGACGCUUGGAACCGACAUUGCUCGAUGGAGGAGAGUCUCAGCUAUUUUUAAUCUGAAAAAUCUCCCCUCCGGCUCGAGGACACCCCUGAUAUGCCAGCCAAGAUCUUCAUGUUUGAUCUUGACAAGAUAUUCAAGAGCUUUCCUGAUAUCAACUUUGAGCAUGGGACGAUCAAGGAGGAGAGCCCUGGGCAAGUGUUUGUGGAGAGCAUUCGAGUCAGUGCCACUCAUACAGGAGAGCCUUAUGGCUUUGCUUACUUUCCUCCGGUUCCAACCACCAACAAGCAUGUUAUCAAUGACCCUGAAAGGUUCCUGUUCUUCCUCAAGAAUGGCAAGAUCGCUGUCAUGCAAAUCAUUUCUUUGGGAGACAUGAAUGGGGGGCCUGGCUUGUACAUGCAGAUUGGUGGCAAGUUGCAAGCUCCACCAUCCUCAGACGUGACCUGUGAUACUUCUGUUUCCAGCACCAGUCUGAGCAGUGACACCGCAGCUACCAAUGCCACUGACAUUCCAGACAUCGUGGAGGAGCAUGUCACAACCAAUGAAAAAAUUGUUACCCGGCUCAUGGACGCUUGGAACAACACGGCUGCCACGGUGGGAGAAAUUUGUGGUUUCUUUGCAGAUGAUGGUGUUGAAGUUCAGUUUGAAGAGUCUCCAAUCAAUACGGCAAAGUUCUUUGCAGUUGAGUUGAAUAAGAUCCACAAGAGUUUUCCCGACAUUCGCCUUCAGUAUGAGUCCAUCAAGGAAAACGGAGGAGGGCAAGUUGUUGUGGAAGAACUUAAUGUGAGUGCCACCCACACAGGCGAGCCAUAUGCCUAUGCCCACUAUCCUCCCGUUGCAAGAACGAACAAGCGUGUCGUCAAUGAUCCAGAAUGCUUGUAUUUUACCAUCAAAGAUGGCAAGCAUCACAAAGAUGCAAUUGAUUGCGUUGGGCAGCUUUACCGGCCCCUCUGGUCUGUACACGCAAGUGGGUGGGCAGAUUUGAAGGGGUGUACUUGGGGUUGCGCAGAUUGUCUCAACUAAAGCAUUUGUGGGAAUGACAGUCUCUUAGACAGUGUCCGUAAAUUUUUUUGUAAAAGUUGCAAAUUCCUUUCUCGAUUACAAGUGGAAGAUGUACUGCUGGCUAGCUAGAGUACGAGCUGGUGGUCUCA